CGUCUCACAAACAAAACACGGCAGGGUAAACCAAAAACUCAGUCCACGGACAAGGCACGGGACAGGAUCAUGGGACCAUUACCAACACUGGCAUAUACACGCACGACAAGACAUAAAACCUAAGGGCUCUGUCCUGAUCCUGCCACACGACUAGAAGUUCAGAUACAAGAAGGCAGAACUGUGACACUAUGUAGUUAAACCAAAUUUAUCAGCUUUCAUGGGCUUAUGUACAUGAAAACAUUUUACACAGACAAUCACGUGACCAUAAGUAGGGGAAUUACAGUAGCUCCGCCCCCUGCAGAUACUGGAUAGCCUAUACCUGAAAACAUCUUAAUUCUGUUGUUCAACUCAGUGAAGAGGCAGCGAGUCAAACUCACAGGACACAUGAGUGCGAAGGAAACACUACAUUCAGAAUAUAUUUGUCAAAAAUAAGCAAACAAAAUGUCCCAAAUAAAUGACAAGAAAUAUACUUGCAUUGAAGAGAAAAGAUCAGACUCACCUGAACCCAGCUGUUUGUCUGUCAAAAGUGAUCAAUUUAUGCCAGUCGAGUUAAACGGUGGAGAUUUGUCUUCCGAUGAAAGUUCUGGUGAGAGACUGAACUCAUCUGUACCCGGUGUUUUAUCUAUGAAAAGUGAUAAAUCAAUGACUAUGCCAAUUCACUUAAAACAUGAAGAAUCUCUGCUUGACCAAAGUUCUGGAGAGAGAUUUAACUCAUCUGUACCCAGUGUUUUAUCUUUGAAAAGUGAUAAAUCAAUGAGCACGCCAAUUCACUUACACCAUGAAGAAUCUCUGCCUGACCCAAGUUCUAGCGAGAGAUUUAACUCAAAUGUGCCCAGUGUUUUAUCUAUGAAGAGUGAUAAAUCAAUGGCUAUGCCAAUGCACUUAAAACAUGAAGACUCUCUGCCUGACCAAAGUUCUGGAAAGAGAUUUAACCCAUCUGUACCCAGAGAUAAACCAGUGGUCAUGCCAAUUAACUUAAAACACAAAGAAUCUCUGCCUGACCAAAAAAACGAUCCUCCAUCAUUUGAUUCAGAAAUUCAACAAAGAUUUAAAUCACAAAUGAAAACGAAGCACCGGUGUGUUUUUGAAGGAUUGGCCAAGCAGGAAAACCCAACACUGCUGAAUGAGAUCUACACAGAGCUCUACAUCACAGAGAGUGAAAGUGGAGAGAUCAGUAAUGAACAUGAGGUGAGACAGAUUGAGAGACAAUCCAGGAGAACAGCAACAGAGGACACACCGAUCAAAUGCAACGACAUCUUUAAAGCUUUACCUGCACAAGACAAACCCAUCAGACGUGUGCUGACAAAGGGAGUCGCUGGCAUUGGAAAAACAGUCUCUGUGCAGAAGUUCAUUCUGGACUGGGCUGAAGGGAAAGAGAAUCAGGACGUCCACCUCAUAUUUCCACUUCCUUUCAGAGAGAUCAAUCUGAUGAAGAACCAAACACUCAGUCUUUUACAUCUUCUUCAUCUUUUCUUCCCGGAGACAAAAGAAAUGGAAAUCUCCAGCGGUGAAUAUAAAGUGUUGUUCAUCUUUGAUGGUUUGGACGAGUGUCGUGUGUCUCUGGAUUUCCACAGCAGUGUGAGGUUGUGUGAUGUCACUGAAUCAGCCUCAGUGGACGUGAUCCUGACAAACCUCAUGGCGGGGAAUCUGCUUCCCUCGGCUCUCAUCUGGAUCACCUCCAGACCAGCAGCAGCUGAUCUCAUCCCCUCUGAGUGUGUUGAUCGAGUCACAGAGGUACGAGGCUUCACUGACAAACAGAAGGAGGAAUACUUCAGCAAGAGAAUCAGUGAUGAGAGUCUGAACCACAGAAUCAUCUCACACCUGAAGUCAUCCAGGAGCCUGUACAUCAUGUGUCACAUCCCAGUGUUCUGCUGGAUUUCAGCCACUGUUCUAGAGAGAAUGUUGAGUGAAGCAGAGAGUGAAGGAGAGAUCCCCAAGUCUCUCACUCAAAUGUACACACACUUCCUGAUCAUUCAGACACACAUCAAACAUCAGAAGGACUAUGAGAAGAAAGAGCAGAAUGAUGAAGACAUGAUCUUCAAACUGGGCAAACUGGCCUUUGAUCAGCUUGUGAAAGGCAAUGUGAUCUUCUAUGAUGAGGACCUGAGAGAGUGUGGCAUUGAUGUAGCAGAAGCAUCAGUGUACUCAGGAUUGUGCACUCAGAUCUUCAGAGAGGAGUUUGGCUGGUAUCAGGGGAAAGUUUACUGCUUUCUUCAUCUGAGCAUUCAGGAACAUCUCGCAGCUCUUUAUGUUCACCUCUCAUUCAUAAAUGAUCACAAAGAGCUGUUCUCUAACACCUUUUUGCAGUCUACUUUAUCUGACUUGCACCAGAAGGCUGUGAAUGGAGCGCUGCAGAGUACAAAUGGACAUCUGGAUCUUUUUCUUCGUUUUCUUCUGGGUUUGUCGCUGGAGUCUAAUCAGAAUCUUCUACGAGUCCUGAUGACACAGACAGUAAGAAGCUCUCACAGAAAUGAGAAAACAGUCGAGUAUAUUAAGAAGGAGAUCAGCAGCACUCGCUCUCCAAAGAAAUUCAUCAAUCUGUUUCACUGUCUGAAUGAACUGGGUGAUGAUUCACUAGUGGAGCAAAUCCAACAUCAUCUGAAAUCUGGAACAUUCAGGAAAACCAAACUUUCUUCGUCUCAGUGGUCAGCUGUAGUUUUUGUGUUGUUGACAUCAGAACAGGAGCUGAAUGAGUUUAAUAUACAUGAUUUUGUUCGAGAUGAAAACAAAGUUGAGAAGCUGGAAGUUUUUCAGAAGAUGCUGCCUCUGAUUCCUGAAUCCAGAUCAGUUCAGUUGUGUGGUUGUAAUAUCACAGCUGAAGGUUGUGUUGCUCUGACUUCAGCUCUGAGAUCAAACCCCUCACACCUGACACAUCUGGAUCUGUCUGAUAAUAAUGUAGGAGAUUCAGGAGUGAAGCAGAUCUGUGAUGUACUGGAGAAUCCUCUCUGUAAACUGGAGAAACUGAGGUUGGCUGGUUGUAAUAUCACAGCUGAAGGUUGUGUUGCUCUGUCUUCAGCUCUGAGAUCAAACCCCUCACACCUGAGAGAACUGGAUCUGUCUCAUAAUUAUGUUGGAGAUUCAGGAGUGAAGCUGAUCUCUACUGUACUGGAGGAACCUCUCUGUAAACUGGAGAAACUGUGGUUGUGUGCGUGUAAGACCACAGAUGAAGGUUGUGUUGCUCUGACUUCAGCUCUGAGAUCAAACCCCUCACACCUGAGAGAACUCUAUCUGUCUGAGAAUAAUGUAGGAGAUUCAGUAGUGAAGCUGAUCUCUACUGUACUGGAGAAUCCUCACUGUAAACAGGAGAAACUGGAGUUAUGGAGGUGUAAGAUCACAAAUGAGGGUUGUGCUGAUCUGAUUUCAGCUCUGAGAUCAAACCCCUCACAACUUAAACAUCUGCAUCUGUCUGAUAAUGAUCUCAGAGAUUCAGGAGUGAAGCUGAUCUCUAAUGUACUGAAGGACCCUCAGUGUAAACUGGAGUUUCUGAGGUUGUGGAGUUCUAAUAUCACAGCUGAAGGUUGUGUUGCUCUGACUUCAGCUCUGAGAUCAAACCCCUCACACCUGACAGAACUGGAUCUGUGUGGUAAUAAAAUAGGAGAUUCAGGAGUGAAGCUGAUCUGUGAUGUACUGGAGAAUCCUCUCUGUAAACUUGUGAAACUGGGGAUGAGUCAGGGUGAUAUCACAGCUGAAGGUUGUGUUGCUCUGUCUUCAGCUCUGAGAUCAAACUCCUCACACCUGAGACAUCUGAAUCUGUUUCAUAAUUAUGUUGGAGAUUCAGGAGUGAAGCUGAUCUCUUCUGGACUGGAGAAUCCUCUCUGUAAACUGGAGACACUGUGGUUGGGGAGCUGUUCUAUCACAGAUGAAGGUUGUGUUGCUCUGUCUUCAGCUCUCAGAUCAAACCCCUCACACCUGACACAUCUGAUUCUGUCUGAGAAUUAUGUUGGAGAUUCAGGAGUGAAGCUGAUCUCUACUGUACUGGAGAAUCCUCUCUGUAAACUGGAGAAACUGGAGUUGAAGAGCUGUUCUAUCACAGCUGAAGGUUGUGUUGCUCUGUCUUCAGCUCUGAGAUCAAACCCCUCACACCUGACACGUCUCAAUCUGUCUGAUAAUAAAAUAGGAGAUUCAGGACUGAAGCUUCUCUCUGAUCUAAAGGAUGAUCCACAGUAUAAACUGGAGAAACUAAUGUGAAGAUAUCCGAUACCUAAAAACAGGCGUGCAUUCCAUCACAGGUCUGACAGACAGACACAUUCACACUGUCAACAGAAACAGAAUGAAGAAACUCUUAACAGCUCAGAGA